CAAGUGGGCUGUGUUUUGGCUUUUUGUUUAUUUCAAAUUUCUAUUUGAUAACUGCGUUAUUCGAACCUCAAUCAACAAAUAAUAAUUAUGAAUAAUAAAAUAUUUAUUCGACAACUCUUUUUUUGACUUAAAUUAGAUUUAUUUUAGAAUCCGUCCACUUGUUUCCCUCCUAAAAUCGUUCAACGAAUCUCAUCCGAUCAACAGGCCAAAUGUGUUCAAAAAUGAAAAACUUCAUUACGUUUUUCGUCGUUUUCGAUAUUUUGUUGGUUUUGAGCCAGAGGACGCCGACUAUUUCUCAUAUCACGCAAAAACCAAUCAAAGAUAUCGGAGGAACUGCGGAAUUAACGUGUUCUGUACUGUAUGCUCAAGAUUUUCCUGUACUAUGGGUGAAAAUUGACAGAGCAAAAGUAACCGAACCCGUCGUACUUUCUACUGGUAGUACGCUUAUUAUUAAAGAUUCAAGGUUUGCGCUGCGUCAAGAUAUUGACAGUACGAGCUACACACUACAAAUCAAAGAUAUACAAGAAACCGAUGCUGGCUUUUAUCAGUGUCAGAUCUCACUCGGCUUGAAUAACAAAAUAUCAGCUGAAGUUGAGUUGGAAGUACGCCGUCCUCCAAUAAUUUCUGAUAACUCGACUAGAUCGUUGGUUGUCAAUGAAGGCCAACCUGUAAAACUUGAAUGUUAUGCUGGAGGUUUCCCGAUACCGCGAGUAUCUUGGAGGCGUGUCAAUAAUGCAAUUUUACCUACCGGGGGUUCCACUUACAGGGGGAAUAUUUUGAAAAUUUCUGCAAUUACCAAGGAAGACCGUGGAACGUACUAUUGUGUUGCUGAAAAUGGAGUUGGUCGGGGCGCCCGACGUAAUAUUGCUGUGGAAGUAGAAUUUGCGCCUGUUAUUACUGUAUCAAAACCCCGUCUUGGACAGGCACUGCAAUACGAUAUGGAUUUGGAAUGUCACGUUGAAGCAUAUCCGCCACCAGCAAUCAUUUGGAUACAGAAUGGCAUUCAGCUUUCAAACAAUCAGCAUUAUCGAAUUUCGCAUUUUGCCACCGCUGAUGAAUUUACAGACACAACUAUUCGUAUUAUCACUAUAGAGAAACGUCAAUACGGAGAAUACAUUUGCAAAGCGUCCAAUGUCUUGGGAACUGCCGAAGCGACCGUCAAUCUUUAUGAAACGAUAAUUCCAGUGUGUCCACCAGCGUGUGGCCAGCAAGCAUCACACUUGAAAGGCGGAGCUAUUAAAUCUACCGGUGUAAGUUUUACCCUAAUUUUAGCGUACAUCAUUUACUCAUUUGUAAAUUGAUUUUAUAUUAUAUAAUUGAUGAUCUUAACUAGAUAUUUUUUUUUAUUAUUUGUAUACGACAAAUCUAUAUUUUUUGACUAUGUCUUCGGGCCAAAUUUUAUAUAAAAGACAACAAAUUUAUAAUUGUUAAAAUUUUUUACAUUAUAAUUGCAAUAAUUUUUAUUUUUAUUAUUACACCCAGUAUUUUAGUAUUUAUGUAUAAACAUUUAAAAAUUGAGGAACUUUUAUGGCAAUAAUAAUUGUCAAAGCAAUAUUUCGGGAACUAAAUUACCAAGAAAAAAACCUAUUUA